UUGGAUUCUCUUUAAUUUGCUCGUGUUAUCAAAUUUGUAAUGGCAGGGAAGGUGUCUGUGGGAAAAUACUUGACAUGGGUUCUGUUACUACUGGGGCAGCUACAUGGAUACAAAAGCUGUGUUGAGAAAGAAAGAAUAGCUUUGUUGGAGCUCAAGAAAUACAUAAUCUCAAUUACCGAAGAAGGGGAAUCCAACUCUGUUCUCCCUACUUGGAACUACAACACAAAGAGCGAUUGCUGCCACUGGGAGGGACUUAAGUGCAAUCUUAAAAGCAAACGGGUGACAGAUAUUGCCUUUGGUACACUUAACCUCAAAGAGAGUUCUCUCCUGAAUCUUUCUUUGCUGCAUCCCUUUCAAGAAAUUCGAAGUCUCAACUUGUCCAAGUCCAGAUUCAUAAACUUAUCUGCUUACAAAGAGAAUGAAUUCAAUGAUGAUGCAUUCAACAAACUUGCUGGCUUGUUUGAUGAUGUUGAAGGUUAUAAAAGCCUUAGCAGAUUAAGAAACCUGGAGAUUCUGGAUCUUUCUUCAAAUAAAUUCAACAACAGCAUCAUUCCUUUUCUUAGUGCUGCUACAUCACUUACAACUUUGUUUCUCCGAAGCAACAACUUGGAUGGCCCAUCUCCUCUUAACGAACUCAAAGAAUUGACAAACUUGAAACUGCUGGACCUAAGUGAUAACAGAUUCAAUGACUCCAUACCAGCACGAGAGCUCUCUACCCUGAGGAAGUUGGAAGCUCUGGAUCUAAGUGAUAAUGAAUUUUCUGGCUCAAUGGAAUUGCAAGGGAUUUGUAAACUGAAGAAUCUGCAAGAGCUUGAUUUGAGUCGAAACAAACUGUCCGGUCAGUUUCCCUUAUGUUUAACUAACUUAACUGGACUUCGAGUUCUUGAUCUUUCAUCGAACCAAAUGACUGGGAAGGUACCAUCUGCUCUUGGUAACCUUGAAUCCCUUGAGUACUUAUCGUUGUUUGACAACAACUUCGAAGGCUUCUUCUCAGCUGGUUCGCUCGCAAACCUCUCAGAGCUGAGGGUGCUUAAACUUGGUUCACUAUCCAACUCACUUCAAGUCGAGUCUACAAGUUCUUGGAAGCCAAGAUUUCAGUUGAAUGUUAUCGUACUACGAUCGUGCAACUUGGAGAACGUUCCUUACUUCCUCCUACAUCAGAAGGUUUUGCGUCAAGUUGAUCUCUCUCACAAUAAAUUAUCUGGAAAUUUUCCUUCAUGGCUAAUGGAGAACAAUACGGAACUCAAAGUUCUAACUCUACAGAAUAACAACUUUACGAGCUUUCAGCUACCAAAGUCUGCUCAUGAUCUGCUCAUGCUGGACGUGUCGGUGAAUUGUUUCAGUCAUCUGUUUCCUGAGAACAUUGGGUUGGUACUUCCUCAUUUAGCGUCUUUGAAUAUAUCAAAUAACAUGUUCCAAGGAAAUCUACCAUCUUCUCUAGGUAUCAUGAAAAGUCUUCAGUUUUUGGAUAUUUCUCACAAUAGUUUCCGCGGGAAGCUACAAAGAAGUUUUGUGGAGGGUUGUUAUUCUAUGAGAAUCUUGAAGCUUUCACAUAAUAAACUAAGUGGGGAGAUUUUACCAAGUUCAACAAACUUUACUAGUAUAUGGGAGCUGUCUAUGGAUAACAACUUGUUUACAGGAAAUAUCGUACACGGUUUGCGGAAACUGGAACACUUGUUACUGCUUGACAUUUCAAACAACAAUCUCACAGGUGUUAUUCCGAGUUGGAUUGGCGAGCUUUCAUCUUUAAAUGCAAUACUUCUUUCGAACAACUUGCUGGAAGGUGAAAUACCUGCGUCCUUGUUCAACGUAUCCAAUCUUCUGUUGUUGGACCUCUCUGCCAACAUUUUAUCCGGGGGCAUACCUCCACACGUCAGUUCUGCAAAUCCCGUGGCGUUAUUCCUACAAGACAACAAUUUAUCAGGUUCUAUUCCCGCCACGUUGCUAGUGAAUGUCACUGUACUUGAUCUCAGAAACAACAGAUUGUCUGGAAACAUUCCGGAGUUCGUCGACACCCAAAACAUCAGUAUUCUCCUUCUGCGGGGGAAUAAUUUAACAGGUCGUAUUCCUCGUCAGCUGUGCGGUCUAAGAAACAUCCAUCUUAUGGAUCUAGCUAUUAACAAACUGAAUGGAUCCAUACCUUCGUGUCUUAGCAAUACAUCGUUUGGUUUGGGAAAAGAGGAUAUGUCAUAUGAUUAUGAUUUCAAAUGGGGCUACAUGGGUAGUAAUUUCAAGGAUGCUUUUACUCUGGAACAAGAUUCAUCACCUUCCAUGGAAAAUGAUGGUAGGCAUUUCAAAUCUCUUCUUGUGUUAGAUCCUAUUAACUGGUACUUCAUGCAUGACACCCAGACGAAAAUUGAGUUUGCAACAAAACACCGAUAUGAUGCCUACAUGGGUGGAAUCCUCAAAUAUAUGUUUGGACUGGAUCUCUCAGAAAAUGAGCUGGUUGGUGAGAUUCCAGUAGAGCUAGGAGGUCUUCUGGAACUUUAUGCUCUCAAUUUUUCUCACAACUAUUUAUCAGGUGUGAUACCAACAAGCUUCUCUGGUUUGAAGAAUGUUGAAAGCCUUGAUCUUUCCUUUAACAGAUUACAAGGCCGUAUUCCAGAAGAACUAACAGAGCUAAGCAGCCUUGCGGUUUUCAAGGUCACUUACAACAACUUAUCAGGAGCCAUUCCACAGGGAAAACAGUUUAACACCUUUGAUAUAGAAAGCUACUUAGGUAAUCCUCUUCUUUGUGGGGAACCAACUAAGAUAAGUUGUGAGAGCAGUAACAUCCAAGAACCAGAUAAUGAAGUGGAAGCUGAUGAAUCCACAAUAGACAUGGUCUCUUUCUAUUGGAGUAUUGUUGCAGCUUACGUGACGGUACUUCUUGGAAUACUUGCAUUUCUCUCUAUUGAUUCUCAUUGGAGCAGAGCUUGGUUCUACAUUGUUGAUGUUUUCAUCCACAAGGUGAGGAACUUGUUAUGGUAACCUACUGUAGAUGUUAAAUCCUUUAAUGUGGUAGUUCUUUUAUUCGUCCCCAUGUCUUUAACUAGAAACGUCAGAACUAAAUUUAUGGUUGGUUCCUCUGAACUGUUAUUAUCAUUUUCGUUGGAUAAAUUAGUGCAUCAAAUAUAUCUUAAACUAGUUUGGUGGUGGUUCCUCUGAACUGUUAUUGUAUUUUUCUUUGAAUAAUAUAAUGCAUGAAACAAUCUAAACUUCAUGUUUUACAAUCUUAUCUUAUAUAAUAAAUUUAUAUAAUAAAGUUGAGUUUUUUUU